ACGGGGUGUCACCUUUCGUUCUAUCAUUUAGUCGUGGUGUGUUCUAUGCGCAAGGUUCAAAUCGCCGUCUAUAACUCGGUGCAACGCGUUGUCUAAUGUUGGAAGGAAUGUCACUGCGCCGAGGAUGGCUUGCAUUGGAUAGCUUAAAUAAGUGUUCCUAACCAGAAAUGCAUCACGCGCUACUACAGUAUUUCUGAGUCCGCCAUAGCUAAGAUGGGCUUAGUAUACGGUAUACUUAGCAGAAAUAGUCUAGGGACCAUAACUUAACUUCCUAGUCUCUUGUCCUUUUGUGUUUCCCCGUGUUUCUCUCUAUUGAAUGUUAUCAACAGAAACAAUGCAAUGAAAACAAACGAUUACAAAUUGCUAGCCAACUUGUUUGCGCUUACAUUGUGAUAAACGACUAGAAUUCAAUAUGAAAGACUUAUUUGCUUAUCAAAGGUUUGUCAUUUUCAUUUGAUCGUACCGAAUAUUGUUGCUUGCGGGCUCUAUUAAUCACACAUCCUGUAUAAACUGAAAUUGACGUUUUUCACCAAUAACACAAAAAAACCACCACCUUGUCAUUUGAAGACAUUCGUACUUAGAUCUCUUGCUAGCGCUCAGUGAUUAUUAUUCAUUGCGGGCAAAAUCAAAUGGUAUUAGGAUAUAAUAUGAUAAGACUCCCAUCUGGCUUAGCUUGGGAAAGAAAGGUUGUGGAUAUUGUAACUGUUGUAUGGAAUAAAGACCGGUUUUUUAAGAAUAGCCUCGCCACAUUUAACAAUUAUACCAUUUCCGAGAGCCGAAGGCUCGAGUUAGAUAUUUUUAAAGCCACUAUCCGCCGAAAUGGAAAUUGUAUAAUUGUUUAAGUUUAUAAAACGAGCUUUAGAACAAUUUUUCUUUUCGGAAACACUUGCAAAUCGGCUGUUACACCCGCCAUUUGCUUGAUUUCGGGUCGCAGGAAAAUAUCCACCUCCUAGGAGGUAAACUUAUGCGCCAGUGAUUUUCAUGUUUCUUUACUUCCUCGCCUUUUGAUAAGCAUUUUCGCGAAAAUUGGAAGUCUUUAACUUUAACCUGCAACACGAGUCCUAGAUUAAUAUCCCUGGUGUUGGAAAAUAGUUGGAGAAAAUUUAAUGUUGGAUAUGGUGUUGGUAAAUAGUUGGAGAAAAUUUAAUGUUGGAUAUAAGACAUUUAUAAAGAUAGGUACGGAUAUUUACAUAAAGAUCAUUAAUACUCGGUGAGGGAACUUAGUUUGGGCCAAUAUUCUCCAAAGAUUAUUCUUUGCGUUAGAUAACGAGCAUAUCGUUUAUUAGUUCAAGGGCGCUCCUAGGCAAAAAGAGUUAAUAUAUCCAUCUCCUUAUAUCCUGCACCGAUAAUCAUUGAAUAGCUUAGGGGGGGGGAAGCACUUGAACAUCUUAUUUGUGACGCCAUGUCAUAAAUAUAUUCGAAAAAUUUUGAAAACUUCUUUUUAGGUUUCUAAUGUUGAGAGAUGUUGGCCCUUUUUGCCGCCGGCGUUGAAUUCUUGAUAUAUAAAUCCAACUCUCUGUCAUCAUUAGUGGUCUUUAGUUCAGUUGGAAUCUGAUAUGCGUAUGUUUUUCACGAUAAAGAUAGCUAGGAAAUAUCGCACAACAAGACAAGUGCGACGCCGUUAAGCCAACUUAAGUAUCCCUCUCUAAAGCUUUCGCGGGACUUCGUAGUCUUCAAGAGAUCACAACGCCCGGAUCCGAGCCUUCCUAGUACAAAGCCUUGUUUGAUUACCUUAUCGACACUGGAAAAAGCGGCCUAGACUGUACACUUCCACGUAGCCGCCCUGAUCUGUCAUUUACACUGCAAGUCUAAUAGACUACCUCUGUAAACUACCUCUGUAACCAACACUGCAUUACCUAGACCCCAAGUCAAUAGACCAUCGCGCUCAAACCUUCACGCAAAGUACGAAGCUUCUGGACUGCCAUCAUAUGUAAACUUUGCAAAACUUUGCUUGCGACUACUUUAACGACACCAAGAACAUCCCUGGAUUUCAUAGAAGGCAAUGAAUGCUACAGUGGCCCCUACCCUCGGUAAUCGGACCGGUCACCCUCGCACCUCACCUCACACCAUGAUUACCGUGUCGUGUGUACUGCUCGUGAUUCUCAUGAUCCUCGCCUUAUUUGGUAAUAUCAUCAUUUGGGUCGCCUUCUGCAAGAUCAAGCGUCUUCAGCGAGUCACCAACUACUACAUCGUCUCCUUAGCAACGGCUGAUCUCCUAGUAACCGUGCUGGCGAUGCCCAUGUGGCUGCUGUACAUGCUCUCGGACGGGUCAUUCAUACCCACACACUCCCCGCAAUACCUGAUCUGGCUGCUUCUCGAUAUCGUGUGUGGGACUGCUUCCAUCAUGAACCUAACCUUUGUCAGCUGUGAUCGGUACCUCGCUAUAACAUACCCCUUCAGGUACCAGUUCCUUCUCUCGCCAUGCCGUGCUAUCGUGACGAUAGUAUUCUCAUGGGUAUACGCGAUCGUCAUUUCUCUUGUGAAGCUGUGGAUUCCGAAGCGGAUUUACCCAAUCUUCGUAGCCACCGUCUCGUUCUAUAUUCCUACUAUCAUCAUGACCUUCACGUAUUCUUGCAUAUUCAUGGUCGCUCGACGACAUGUCAGGGUUAUCAACGUGGCUGCUAACGAAAAUCAGAGAAAAUUUAGUUACGCAUCUGAGUUAAAGGCUGCUAAAAUCAUCGCUGUUGUUAUUGGCGAGUUUUUACUGUGUUGGGGCCCAUUUUUAGUGACGAAUGUCGUGUUGAAUUACUGUAUUUCAUGCGGGAUGGCCUUUCCUGUACAGGGUGCUUAUAUACUCAAGCUCUUGCAGUAUUCCAGCAGCUGUUUUAACCCUUACUUGUACACGUGCCUGAACGCUGAGCUCAGAUCAUCAAUCAAGCACAUGCUUUUCAGGGGAUGUGGUUGUUCGCUAGAGCACAGGCCCUCUCGGCGUAGUGGCCCCGUGACUGAUAUGGUAACUAAUAAUUUGGGGACACGAGGAGAAUCGAAUCCAGGCAUGCAAUAAUGUGGACACUGUAGUGUGCUAGUGGGUAGCCUGUAUUUAUCAGGCCCGGUAUGGGGAAGAGGCCUGGGAAUGAGAGAUCGAUCGGCGAUCGCCAUUUUGCAUCACAGGCUUCCUACCCGCGCCAGUGAAGGAUUUCUAAGGGCACGCAUUUUUUAUAAAUUAAAUGCAUGGCACAAAUGCAUGAUAAAUGCAUUUACAUCUCAACUAAGUUUUUUUUUUAAUGAAUGAAGAUAUAGCUCGUAGAUAAUCGUUAGCGUGAAUUUGAAUGGAGUAGGUGGGAAGCCUGUGGUGAUUACAAUGAAUAGAUAGUUCAGUAAACAAAGUCAAGGAAAA